AUGUCCAUAGGAAUCAGGCUGCUUCUUCGAGAAUAUUUUCUAAUAACUCGUUUCUUGGCCUUAGAAGUCUUAUUAGUGGAUAUGCAACUUACAAAUGAAAAGCAUGCAGAUGAGAAACCCAUUAAUGCUAUCGUUAUAAAUUCGGUAUCCGAAUUCAAUAUCACAGAUGGACCAGCCAAGGAAACCCCCAGUGAGAAAAAACUGUCAGAAUCCAGCACAUCACUGUCCUCCCUUGAAGAAUGCCAAACGAAAUUUUCCUACCUCCAAACUGAUACUUCAGUUCAUCAGAGAGACACGGAUGAUGAGUGUGCCUCCCUUAUUCUCACCUGCCUGUUCUGCCAGUUUUGGGAUUGUCUCCUGAUGCUGCCCGAUAUAUGUGGAACGAUGUGCACCAGCCUGUGCUGCCCCUCUCACAGGUAUCACCACACCUCGGACGAGAGUCACUCUCGGAAUGACUGCAACUGCAACUGCGACAUGGACUGCAGCCUUUUUGAGUCCUGCCAUGAGACUAGCGAGUGCCUGGAGCUAGCCAUGGAGAUUUCCGAGAUCUGUUAUCGCUAG